AUGCCUCCCUCAACUGUCAAUCCUAGUUCAAACCCAAAGACCCCCUCCCCAGCAUUGAACGCGGGAGCGAGACCCUACCGGUCACACAAGGUCAGAGCCUGUGAUCUGUGUCGCAAACGCAAAUCAAGAUGUACAGUCGAUAUCCCAGGCCAAUCGUGCCUUUUAUGUCGAGUUCAAGGGGCGGAUUGCCAUUAUCAAGAAGAAGCCAGCACUGAACUGCCAACCCCCCACGGCCAGGAGCCUGCGGCGUGGCAUUCAGAUUCCGUUGGAGAGAGUUUUCAUGCAGGCCAGAAGCGCAAGCGCACUCCUGACCUGGCUUCUCCCUCACAACCAUCCGCUCGACGUGAUGGUUUGUCUGAAAUUCGGCGAUCCGACUCAUCGGUACCUAGUCGGGGAAGUGAGCCCAGGCGACAAGGAGUCGAGGACCCCCAUAACGAAUCGGUCUUCAUAGUUGGUCCUGUUGUAGCGGACGAUGCAAAUGUGAUUGAGAAACACAUGCCUCCUCAAAGGUCUAACAAGUCUGUGGAACCGAAAAAUCAUCCCUACAAUGUCUACUCAAACGAUCCGAGAAAACCCAUUCUCUACCAGACUGUGUCCAGACGGAGACAGGGGAUGCGCGUCGGAAUACCGCCCGGAGAAAACCAGAAGGAGAUAUUGGAACAAAUUCUCGGGCCCUUCAAGGAUGAGCUAGUUAGAUUAUUCCUAGAUCGAUUUAAUGCAGCAUUCCCCAUAUUUGAUGGCGAGGCUUUUUGGGAAGCCUAUAUUUCAGACUCGCCUAGCGAACCGCCGGCUUCACUUCUGUGCCAGGUCUAUUCCAUGUCAUUAGUCCACUGGAAACAUACGCCCUCGCUUGCCUGCCAUCCGAAACCAGAUGUCCGGUAUGCCGUAAAUCUGACUGUUGCCGCUCUUCACGAGGAAUUCUCUGCCCCAGGUUUGUCGACUGUCAGUGCAGCUCUCAUCGAUUUAACCGGACGACCCAUCUUUUCCAUGACGGGUAAUGCCAUCAGCUGUGGGCGGAUGGUCUCUCUCGCUCAUUGUCUUGGAUUGAACCGAGACCCUAGCAACUGGAGGUUGUCUAAACAGGAACAAAACCAGCGUGUCCGCUUAUGGUGGGCUGUCGUUAUUCAUGAUCGCUGGGGGAGCUUCGCACACGGUGUACCCUCCCAAAUCGCCCGAAACCAGUAUGACGUGCCCCUGCCCACUGUGGAAGUUCUGGUACCGUCAGCGUCACGUUCUCCUGAGCGAGUAAGGGCAGCGCAUUGUCACAUCGCACUAUGCCGCUUGACCGAGAUUCUGGGCGAGUUGCUUCCUCUUGUCUAUGGUCUCCAACACCGAUCACCUCGUGAAACAACCAAGGAAAUUCGUCGAAUUCGCACGGACCUAGAUGUCUGGGAAGACUCACUGCCAGACUGGUUAAGGUCCCCCGUAGGCCAAUCAGAAGAUCGGAUAGCUGGUCUCUGCAGUUUACAGCUUGCUUUCUUGGCCGUGAAACUGCUCGUUGGAAGGGUAGAGCUGAACGACGUCAACAAUUCAGAAUCAGAACUCCCCGAAGCCCGCCGAUACUUCCAUACCGAGUGUCGAAAGGGAGCCGAAGAAAUAGUGCGAUUCAUCUCAUCCCUACAGAAAGACAAUUUCAAGGAAUUUUGGUUACCUUACAGCGCCUUCCACCUAACCUCAACCGCCACCCUCCUUGUGCGCUGUGCCUUCGAAACUUCCGACCCUGAAGUUGCCCGCGCAUGUCUCGCAAACGUCGAGUCAUUCCGCGCCGUCCUCCGUCGCUUCCGCGAAGAGUAUGAUUGGGACGUUGCCGACAUGUGUCUUGACCACUGCGAGCGAAUUCUCAGUCGACUCCCCGCCGGGAGCGGCACCAACGGCACCUCUUCCACCGACCCUGCGAACCUUGGCAGCGGGCUCAUGGGACCGCCUGAUCAUACGAAUGGACUUGUUAACCCGGCUGCGAUAUCGAUCUCGUUGCCGGAGACGCAGACGAAUAAUGAUAUAGUUGACGAUAUGAUGUCGAUCUCAAAUACCUUUGGGACCAUGGAUGGGUUUCCCUUUGAUAUGACGGGAAUUUGGGAUGUCUCUGUCUUUCAGGACGUGAAUCUUACUUGA